GAGGAGCUGCGCGAUGUCAACAGUAGAGAACAAGAAACAACACAAAGGAGACACACACAGACACAUACACUAGCGCGUGCAAACACAGGAACCACUUCACCACACUUUUUAAACUUUAUUCUUACUGACGUCACCGCACGGAGCACAGGAUGCCGUUUCUCGGACAGGACUGGAGGUCGCCGGGUCAGAGCUGGGUGAAAACCGAGGAGGGAUGGAAAAGGACAUCAGCUGACGACACAAACAACAAUGUCUCCGUGGAGAGCUUUUGCAAAGCCGAGCAGGAGGAGUGUUUCAACAAGGAGAACCUGCUGCUUUCCUUCGGCUACGACAUGGCUGCCAAGAAGAGGAAGAAGGACUUCAUGAACAACAACAGCAAGGUCCCCUAUUUCCACAUGGAAAAGUGGAUUUAUGUUCAUAAAGGAAGCACCAAGGAGCGCCACGGAUAUUGUACACUGGGAGAGGCCUUCAACCGCUUGGAUUUCUGCAGCGCCAUCAAGGACACCAGGAGAUUUAAUUACAUCGUCAGACUCCUGGAGCUGAUCGCCAAGUCCAAGCUCCCCUCGCUCAGCGGAGUGGCGCAGAAGAAUUACAUAAAUAUUCUGGAGAAGGUGGUGCAGAAAGUCCUUAAUGACCAGCAGAACGUCCGUCCGAUCAAAGAGCUGCUGCAGACGCUGUACGACUCGCUGUGUGAUCUGGUUCAGGACAUGGGCAAGUCCGUCCUGGUGGGAAACAUCAACAUCUGGGUGCACCGCAUGGAGCGCAUCCUGCAGUGGCUGCAUCAGCUGGACAACAUCCAGAUCAACAGGCCUGCAUCUACGGGCAUGACUCUGAAGGACCUGCCUGUCAACCUGCAGCUCAACAUCAUGGAGCGUCUGUCCGACGGCAGGGACCUGGUCAGCCUGGGCCAAGUGUGUCCCGAGCUGGGAACCCUCACUGAGGACCGGCUGCUGUGGAAGAGACUCUGCCAGCACCACUUCACAGACAGACAGAUCCGAAAGCGCCUGAUGGUGUCGGAUAAAGGUCAGCUCGAGUGGAAGAAGAUGUACUUCAAGCUGAGCCGCUGCUAUCCUCACAGAGAACAAUACAGUGACACCCUGCACUUCUGCUCACACUGUCACAUCCUCUUCUGGAAGGACACCAACCACCCGUGCACGGCCAACAACCCAGAGAGCUGCACCAUGCCGCUCUACCCUCAAGACUUCAUCAACCUUUUCAACUUCUGAUUCCACAUGAACUGACUGUACAUACUGUACAUAGAAAUGUACAAUAUUGUUUUGUUUUUUUUGUUUAACGGCACAAUCAAUUCCUGGAUGUAUGUUUUAGUGGAGGUGUGACUCUUAUGCAUUCGAGCUUUGCUUUGGAAGAGGCGUCGGGCAGGGUUCACUGUUGAAAAGCGAGCGAAUGUGACGGAGAGGUGAAGAGACGUAGGAGCAGUCGUCCUGAUGAUGGAUGAGAGGAGAGCGGAGGGGGAAAAGGGAACACUCAGCUGUCAGAGUCUUAGUUCAACGUGGCUUUUUGGAAAUGGACACGCGUCUCUUGACCUUAGCUGUGUGCAUUAGUUUUUUUUCCCCAGUUUGGAGAAUUUCUUUUCCUUUUUUCUUGGUUUUCAAACCUUGUAAUUGUUCUUUUCGACGCGGGAGGUAGGGACAGUAUUUGAUUUGAUUGAAAUGCUCAUUUAGUACAGUAUGACAUUACGAAGCCUGGUCAUGUGGGUAUGGAACCUGUCAGGUGACGUUUGCAGCAAUAUUGUGCGUUAUGUAAAUUGUAAAAUUGCUGCAGAACCUAAGAGAUGAUGAAUGUAAGUAAAUUAAGUUGGUAAUUAAUCGUUGAGAAGUUAUUCUUGUGUAUGUAAACACCACGAUAUAUUUCCUAUCUUGUUCUUUUUCACUUUUGUAUGGAUUUGAUAUGAUUUUGUAAUUAAUUGUGUUUUGCUCGUUUUCUGCCGUGGCUGCUAUAGCAACAGCACUUGAGUGCAGUAUUACCAAAGAUUGUAAUCGGAGUUUAAUAUUACAGUGGUGUGUGCCUUAUCGUAAAACUUGAAACCCGGUACAGCUUAAUCCUUGUUUGCAAUGGUUUCAGAUCCGGUUGCUGCUUUUUAUCAUUACCAUUAUCAUCACCAUCAUCAUCAUCAUCAUCAUCAUCACCAACAAGCGUCUCAUUUACAGAAGAGUUGCGUUUAGGAUCUGUUGCUCUGAUACAAAAGUUGGAGUUGUUGUAUCCUGCAUGAUUGUUUUUUUGUUUUGUUUUUCAAACACCCAGCUACUUGUGUGUAGGGAUUUAUUUAUUGGGCUUCUGGCAAGUGGCUCAUCUUGCACUGUUGGAUUAGAUAGUCCUCUGUCACUGCUCACACUGAGGAAUGAUGUACAUGCUAUGCAAUGCAUUUAGUUUAUUUUCUGUUGCGUGAAUUAAAGAAAAUAACAAGA